AUGGGUGGGGUGUGGCAAAACAGAAAAGUACCUCAAAAGGCUUUGACAAUUCAUGUCUAUGAAGGAGAACGUCCAAUGACUAAAGACAACCACAUGCUUGGAAAAUUCGUCUUGACAGUAAUUCCACCAGCACCUCGUCGUGUGCCACCAUUUGAGGUAACCUUUGGAAUCGACGUCGAUGGAAUCCUUAAUGUAACAGCUGAAGAUAAAGAAACUGGAAAUAAAAUUAACGUCUCCUUUGACCACAACCGUUCAUCUUCUGAAGAUAUUGAAGGAAUGGUUAAUGAUGCUGAGGAAGAUAAACGUGUUAAUGAAACGGCUAAAUUAUUUGCUGAAUUGCAAUCAAAAAAUGGACAACAAAUUGAUUCUUCUCGUGAUUGUGGACGUCCUUUUGAAUUCACAAUUGGAAAAGGAGAAGUUAUUAAAGGAUGGGAUGAGGGGUUGCUAAGGUUUAUGUCUGUUGGCCAACAUGCAAAACUUACAAUUAGCUCUGAUUUGGGUUAUGGAGAAAAAGGAAUUCCUGGAACGGUAUAA